AUGUCAGCUAACAGCCUUUCCUAUUUCGACAAGGCACACUGUACACCUUGCAGCUCAUCCGGCACCGCAACUACUGGAUAUCAUACGAUGUACGAAGCGGUAACAAGCAGCAACGCUCAGUGGCAAUCGUGGAAUAACCAUACCCAGCUCCGUCCUAAAUUCCCAAGUCAGCAGACCGAUGAAACACCGCUUGGAUACCCUUCAAAUGUGGUCGAUGCUGAUCCUCGCCCUGACCCGAAGUACACAUAUCGAAGUUCGAUCGACACUGAUAUACCAGCUUCAUUGCCUAUUAUGAUUGACGGAAACACGACUGCCAGUGUGUCCCAGGGCCCAGUGGAUUAUGACACACUCCUUGACGUUUGUCAUAAUGGUCAAGUAAUGCAUCUCAACUUGUGUAUUGGUAAGGCUAUUGAAAACUAUACGCUUGAUCAACUUGAAUCUGCCUAUCAACUUGGUUCAGUAACGAUCGGAAGGUCUGAACACAGUACGAGCAGGUCAAUGAAUGAGCUACAGAUCGUAUCGAUGGAUGAUGCCAAAUCAGAAGGUUUAUUCCCUAAUCUUGGCACUCGAUUCACGCUAUCACACUGGAUGGUGAGAGAAUCAAUCUCAUCUCAUGGCCUCUCAGAUUGUGACAGAUAUCGUAAACGUACGAGGUAUUUGGAGAAAAAGAGAAAAAAACGAAACAAGCCCCGUGAGGCAAUUGACUCAACUGUACCAAAUACUGUUGCACGCAAAUUGUACGAGAUAGACGAGAUUGUACCUCAAGUCGAUUACCCUAGUACUUUCGCAUCUUGCUAUUACGAUGGCAAGGACAUAUUGACAGAAAUCACUAAUUCACUGAAAAAGAAUUACUCGGUUGCCGAUUUGAAAUUCUUUAGGAAUCAGGGAUCAAGAACAGUAACCAUCAACGAUCGACCUGUAGUGGUCAGGGCGGUGGAUAUAGUGGCUGAAGAGAAUCUAACAUUUAAGGAUAUCUAUCACAGGGAUCCAGAGAAACGUGAAACCUCAAAUAUUCUAGUAUCUCAGUGUCUUGAAGAGGCUAUUACAAAUCAUGAUAAGCCAGGAAAACGUCAAUUCAGACGACGAAAACGUUACAAGGAGUCUACAAACACUUCUGAUGAAGACGCUCAAAUUGUUGAUAGUGAGUAUACCACCAAUGAUGCCACGAGCUACACACCAGGAAGCGAUCCUCGUCCUGAAGCUUUGGAUCUCACAACAGCAAGUCUCGACUAUGUCCAGUCCAUGGAUGAUCAGUCUAUCGAGACUGAUCGCGCUGAACUUACUUCACUCUCUCGCGUACGAUCUCGCCGAGAAGCUGAUCCCUUCUUUGUAAGGGGUUACAGCAGGAACAUAAAAGAUUUGCUAGAUUUGUGA